AUGGCGCCUGCGGGUGGCUCUUCUUUGGUGCCGUCGCUGCCACCACCGCGCCCUAAGCCACCACCUGAGUGUCCGAAUUUGUACGGUAAGCGCCGGGAGCUGGCUAGAAUUCAGAUGAUGGAGGCGGAGAUUGGUUUUCUUGAGGCUGUCAUUUAUGCUCAGCGCUCUUUUAGUGUACCUUGGAGGAAUUUAAAGCUGUUGAAAGCUUUCAACCUGCUUCCAGAUAUUGUAAAGAAACUCGAAAGAUUUGUAGGUCUUACCUCUGGAAAUGGCUUUGUGGAAUGUCCUGCUUCAAUAUCUCAUGGAGCUGCUGCUAUGAAUGCUUGCCUUGUCUUCAAAGGCCACACUGUUGCAAGUGCAAUUCAAGUAACUACCUUUCAUGUACCAGUUGUUCAAUACCCAAGUUUCAGUGUUGCAUCUGGCCACACUCCCAAUGCUUUAACAAAAUCUCUUGCAGUAGAAGUUGUUGCCGCCUUCAAUUUCCUUCAUGCCCCGAUUGCUCUUGCAGUAGAUAGAUGUACAUGCCGUUGUCCUAAAUGUCCAAAG